GCUAGACAGAAGCUGGGCCCUAGAAGGCGGCAGCGGCUGUGGCGAUGGUGUCCAAGCCUGUGCAUGGGCUGCCCUUCUUGCCGGGCUUCUCCUACAGCGACCCCACGAAAACUGCCUUUCACCGAAGCCAGACAUUGGAAUACAGAAAUGGCUAUGCCUACUCUCGAAUUCCAACAGUGGGGGUCGGCAGAGAACGUCUCCAUGUGAACCAGCUGUCCCAAGCUGAUUUAGAUGAAUUGGCCAAUAAGAGACCUACGCUGACCUAUGAAGAACCCAAGCAGGCCCCACCUUCUGACUUUAUUCCUGCUCAUGUGGCCUUUGACAAAAAGGUAUUGAAAUUUAAUGCAUAUUUCCAAGAGGAUGUCCCUCUGUCUUCUGAGGAGCACUAUAGGAUCCGAAAGGUAGUCAUCUAUUAUUAUCUGGAGGAUGACAGCAUGUCAGUCAUGGAGCCCGCUGUGGAAAACUCUGGAAUUCCUCAGGGCAAAUUCAUCAAGCGCCAGAGACUGCCCAAGAAUGACCGUGGGGACCAUUACCACUGGAAAGACCUGAAUAGGGGUAUUAACAUCACAAUUUAUGGAAAGACGUUCCGUAUUGUUGACUGUGACCCUUUUACAAAGGUAUUUUUAGAGAGUCAAGGAAUUGAAAUUAAUCCACCAGAGAAAAUGGCUUUGGACCCAUACACUGAAAUACGGAAAAAACCUCUCCGCAUGUAUGUCACUCCAUCAGACUUUGACCAAUUUAAACAAUUUCUCACCUUUGAUAAAAAGGUCCUCCGAUUCUAUUCAAUUUGGGAUGAUACAGAUAGCAUGUUUGGAGAGAGUCGAACCUAUAUUAUUCAUUACUAUCUUGCUGAUGACACAGUGGAAGUGCGAGAAGUCCAUGAACGGAAUGAUGGGAGAGAUCCUUUCCCAGUCCUGUUGAAGCGCCAGCACUUGCCCAAAGUCUUGGUAGACAAUUCAAAGGACUUCCCUCGGUGUGUCCUGGAAGUCUCUGAUCAGGACGUGCAAGAAUGGUUCACUGCCAAAGAUUUUGCUGUGGGUCAGCCUGUUACCAUACUUGGACGGACCUUCUUCAUCUACGAUUGCGACAAAUUCACUCGAGAGUUUUACCGGGAUAAGUUUGGGCUUCCUGAAUUCUCGGCCAUUGAUGUGAGCAAGAAGCCACCACCUGUCAUAAAACAGGAAUUACCUCCCUAUAAUGGUUUUGGGUUCAUCGAAGAUUCUGCUCAGAAUUGCUUUGCUCUGAUUCCAAAGACCCCCAAAAAAGAUGUUAUCAAGAUGUUGACAGAUGAUCACAAGGUGCUGCGCUAUAUGGCUGUGCUGGAAUCCCCCAUCCCUGAAGAUCGGGGCCGCCAUUUUAUAUUUUCUUACUUCGUAGCUACAGAUAUGGUCAGUAUCUUUGAGCCACCUGUCAGGAAUUCUGGCUUCUUUGGGGGUAAAUACCUUGCUAAGACCAAAAUUGCUAAGCCAGGUUCCUGUUUAGAUAAGCCCUCCUUCUAUGGACCUGGAGACUUUUUUAUUGGUGCUCUCAUUGAAGUCUUUGGCCAUAGGUUCAUCAUCCAAGAUGCAGAUGAAUAUGUUUUGAAAUUCUUGGAAAGCAAUGCAAACGAUUAUCCCGAAUCAACAAUCCUGUCACUCAAAAACCAUUUCUUAAAACGGCAACCUGUGACACAGGAAUCUGACAGUGGACUUACUGAAGACUAUAAAGAGACUAAGGAUGUGGACACAUUAGUAAAGGAGAUCCAGGAACGGCUCAAGAAUCGGAACUUCUUAGAAGGCCACAUCCGUGAAGCAUUUCAAACGCUUGACCAAGAUAAAACAGGUUUUUUGGAUAAAGAGAAGUUCUUUGGUGUCUGCAAAAAUUUUAACCUACCAGUUGAUGAUUGCCUUAUUAACCAGUUAAUCAGAAUGUGUUCCAGUGGAGAAGGCAAGAUCAACUACUACAACUUCAUCAGAGCUUUCUCACAGUGACCUGAAGCCUACAUGAGACUUUCUGCAGA